AUGUCGUAUCGUAUCGAGGUCUCACCCAACAACCGUGCCGGCUGCAAGGUCAAAGCCUGCAAGGAUGCCGGCACCAAGAUCAUGAAGGGCGAGAUCCGCCUAGGUACUUGGGUCACGAUCAAUGAGCAUGGAAGUUGGGCUUGGAGACACUGGGGUUGCGUGUCUGGUGAACAGGUUGUGAAUAUGCAGAAUGAGAUUGGGAAGGACUCGAGUGGAGAGUAUAGAUGGGAUAUGAUUGAUGGGUGGGAGGAUCUUGACAACCAUCCAGAGGUCCGGGAGAAGCUUCAGCGUGUUAUUAAGCAGGGACACAUUGAUGAUGAGGACUUCAACGGGGACCCCGAGAUGAACGUGCCCGGUCAAAAAGGCAUCCACAAGCGCAAGAAGAAGGUCGCCAAAGCCGACGAGGAUGAAUCUGACGCAACAGCCGAGAAAACCCCCAAGAAAGCCACCGGCAAGCGAGGUCGCGGCAAGAAGGUUAAAGACGAAGACGAUGAGGAAGACGACGAGCCGGAGCCUCCCACCAAGAAGGCGAAACGAGGCGCAAAGAAAGUCAAGGAUGAGUCUGAGGGGGAGGAGGAAGUGAACAGCUCGAAGAAGGUGACGGCUAAGGGAAAACGAGGCGCUAAGGCUGCUGCAGCUGUUAAAAAGGAAGAAGAGUCUGAUGCCGAGCUUGACGAGAAGCCCAAGAAGGUAACCACUAAGGGCAAGCGUGGCACCAAGGCGACUGUGAAGGAGGAGUCUGACGCAGAGCCGGAACCGACGCCAGAGAAACCCAAGAAAUCGGCCAACGCCAAACGCGGCGGUAAGGCUACCGUCAAGCAGGAGGAGACCUCCGAUGCAGAGCCCGAGCCAGCGCCGGAGCCGGAGAAGCUCAAGAAAAGAGCGACACGGGCUAAGAAGGUGGUGAAAAGGGCACCAACACCCUCACCAUCGCCUGAACCUGAGCUGGAGUCGGAGCCGGAGUCGGAUGGUGGCUCUGCCUUUGAAUCUGCUCAGGAGUCUCAAACGGAGUCGGAGCCUGAAGGUGUCGACGAGGAGGAAGUAGAGGAGGAGGAGGCGAAGCCCGCGCCGAAGGCGAAGAGAGGUGGUGGUGGUCGCAAGACUGUGGAGAAGAGGAAGGCUGUUCCGGCUUCGGCCACUGCUGCUAAGAAGCGUGGCAGGAAGGCGUAA